GAGGAUGAAGAGGAAGGUGAAGGGGAGGGAGAAGCUGAAGCUGAAGGUGAAGGGGAGGGAGAAGCUGAAGCUGAAGGCGAAGGUGAGGAAGGUGAGGGAGAGGAAGGGGAAGGUCCACAGGAAGGGGACGAGGAGCCUGACGAGCCUGUCGAGCCUGAACCUGACGACGAAGAAGACGGUUCCUCCUCCGAGUCAACAAACACCGUUGGCGACCUAUCCGAAGACGAGCCCGACGUGCCCCUCUCCAUGCAUACCAAUGCCCAGGGCCGCUCGACACUCGGGGGGAAAACACUAGCUCGUCAAACACCGCCGAUCGACCUUCCUCUCGAGGGGAAGGCGGAACCAGGCGGAGACAGGGAAAGGAAGAAGAAGGAACGGGAGGCAGAGGAGCGCGCUGAGGCGGACGACCUUGAUCUAGCGCUGGACGUGGAAGAGGGGGACGAGUCGGGUGAAGAACCCCUCGCGGCUGCUCUCCCGCUGGAAACGACGUUCCCCCGUACCCCGGCCGGGGGGAGCCCGAGUGUGCUGAGAACACCGGUCGUGGGGCAUAAGAAGGCUGUGGGAGGGGCGGGGAAACGGUUGCCUGGAGGAGGAGGGAGUAUGCUUGCUGGUGCUCAGGGAGGGGAGAGGGAGGAAGAGAAGGCUGCUAAACCGCAGCGUAAAACCCGCCCAGCAGUACUAGAAGAACAGAUGUCCAUCAUCCGCUUCUUCCCCGUCCCCACGCUGCUCAAGCCACAAACGUCGAUCCUCCUGACCGGGCUCAAAAAUCUCUUCCAAAAACAACUGCCAAACAUGCCCCCAGAGUACAUCGCCAAGCUCGUCUUUGACCCCAAUCAUUGUGCGCUCGCGGUUGUCAAGAAAGGCUUGAGAGUCGUGGGAGGGAUCACGUUUCGGUCGUUUGAGAAAAGGGGGUUUGCAGAGAUCGUAUUCUGCGCGGUGGACAGUGCGGAACAGAGCAAGGGGUACGGCGUGCAUCUGAUGAACCACCUGAAAGACUACUUGCGCCAAGCGAUGCCCGGGAUCAACCAUUUCCUCACGUAUGCGGAUAAUUACGCUGUGGGGUAUUUCCGUAAGCAGGGGUUCACGAAGGAGAUCACUCUCCCACGCGAGAGGUGGGCGGGGUAUAUCAAGGAUUACGAAGGGGCGACGAUCAUGCAGUGCACGUUCCUCCCCCCGAAAUUCAAGUAUCUCGAGUUACACGACGCGCUCAUCCGCCAACGGGACGAUAUCCGCGCUAUAAUCGCUGCCAACUCCACAGGCGGGAAGGUAUACAAAGGCCUUCAGGUGUUCAAGGACCGCGAAGCGAGGGGUAUCAAGCCCCCCGGGAAAGUUGUCAAGCUCGCUAAGGGGGAGGAGGAGGAGAAAGUCUGGCGGUUGGACGCAAAGGACGUUCCUGGUUUAUGCGAGACCGGGUGGACAUAUGAGCAGGACGCACUUGAUAGGCACAUGAAAGGUCCCCAGCAUACGAAGAUGAAACACCUGCUUCAAGAUCUCCAGACACACAACGCCAGCUGGCCGUUCCUCCAGCCUGUGCCGAAAGACGAAGUGCCCGAGUACUACGACACGAUCCCGCAGCCUGUUGACCUGUCCUCUAUCGAGCACAAGCUUGACAACGCCCAGUAUGCGGCGUUUAAGGACUUUUAUGAUGAUGUCAUAUUGAUGUUUGACAACUGCCGUGCGUUUAACCAGCUGGAGAGCGUGUAUGUGAAGAAUGCGAACAAGCUGCAGAAGUAUUUUGAGGAGCAGAUGGCUGAGAGAGGGUUUGAGGUUUAG